GGUUUUUAUACGAGGAGUUCGAAUGCCUCAGACAUAACUCAUCUAUCAUUGGCAAACUGCUCUAAUGCUGGCUCGUUGGCUGGCUCAUAUGCUGGCUCGAUUGCCAGUUCGUAUGCUGGAUCGGAUCUAGAUGAUGGGUGGGAGUCUGACGAUUCUUGGGAAGUGGCUCAGACUGAUAAAGGAGAUUCAGACGAGUCACUGCAUACGGCGAGAUCAGUGGAUCAGUUAAAUGAUCGCGGAUCAAUUUGCGAUGAGAAUAAAGAUAUAGGAAAGGUGAAAAAUAAUCAGUUAUCGAACGUAUGUUUUUCCCAAAGCACUUCAUGCAGUUUCCUUGGUAAAUGUUGCGUUGGAAGACAAUUUCCUGAGAAGGGUCAAGUUUUGCCAUAA